AUGCAAAUGAGGCCCACGGAAGCGGGGCGGUGGUUGGCGGGGCCGCGAGGGGGCGUGGCCCGGAGCCCCCAGCGCGAGGAGGGGGAGUGUCGCGGGCUGCGCGGACCCGCACUCGCAGAAUCAAAUAAACCCUCGUGCGGCUGCGGACCUGACCAUUGCGGGGCUCAGGGCGGGGGGGUCCCGGGGGCGGCCCGGGGGCUCGGGGUCCCGGGCAGGUGGGGAGGGGGCGGCGCGUGUCCGGGGCUCCCCGCCCCAGCGCGGCAGGGGCGAGGUGACAGCGGUGACAGCGACACCGGGUGGCCGCGGGUGGCAGCGCGCGCGCACACGCCCAGCGGGGCCGACAGACAGACACGCUGCUCGGCCUCCCCCGGCCGGCCGGCUGCCCCCGGCAACUCGAACGUGGAGAACCUGCCGCCGCACAUCAUCCGCCUGGUGUACAAGGAGGUGAGCACGCUGACGGCCGACCCGCCCGACGGCAUCAAGGUCUUCCCCAACGAGGAGGACCUCACCGACCUGCAGGUCACCAUCGAGGGCCCUGAGGGCACCCCGUACGCCGGGGGCGUGUUCCGCAUGAAGCUGCUGCUGGGCAAGGACUUCCCGGCGUCGCCGCCCAAGGGCUACUUCCUGACCAAGAUCUUCCACCCCAACGUGGGCCCCACCGGCGAGAUCUGCGUCAACGUGCUCAAGAAGGACUGGACGGCCGAGCUGGGCAUCCGGCACGUGCUGCUGACCAUCAAGUGCCUGCUGAUCCACCCGAACCCCGAGUCGGCGCUGAACGAGGAGGCGGGCCGCCUCCUGCUGGAGAACUACGACGAGUACGCGGCGCGCGCGCGCCUGCUCACCGAGAUCCACGGCGGCGCCGCGCCCAGCGCCAGGGCCACCGACUCUGCCACCACCGCGGACGCCGCGGCCCCCGGGGCCCCGGGAGGGGCGGAGGGGCCCAUGGCCAAGAAGCACGCGGGCGAGCGGGACAAGAAGCUGGCGGCCAAGAAAAAGCCGGACAAGAAGCGGGCGCUGCGGCGGCUGUAGGGGCCGGGGGCUUAUUCCUCGCCUAAGCUCGGCCGCCUCUGUCUAAGUUAUUUAAGUUAUGGUGGGUGGGGGAGGGCUGGGACACUGGGACCUGGAUUUGUUUUUCUAAAUAAAGUUGGAAAAGCAGCAUC